AUGGAGAGCAUCUAUGCUCUGGAUCCAAAGAAGCUUUGCUCUGUUUUCCAUUACUACGCAACCAGCCCAGAAGACACCACCGACAGAAGUUCAUCCCCAAAGUUACUGCAGUAUUAUCCCAAAGCACCAAUUGUAUUCGACGUGAAAUCAGACUCCAAAAUAUCUUUAACAAACCUAAGGACUGUGUCGUCAUCCCCUACACUAGUACCGCAGAUAUCAAGCAUAGAAGCUCGUAAGAAAUCAAGCAAACGUCUAUUGUUAAGAGUGAAGCACUCCUACACGUUUGUCAAAACUGAUCAGGUGUUGCCUGUAGUAGACAUCACCUCGAAUUACAGCUCUUACAGGUACAAAGCAUUCGAAACAUGUCUAAGAAACCUUUACGGAGACAAUUAUCCGCCUGGUGAAGUGGUGUUAAAUUCUAUGCAGUUGAAUUUGUUAGACUCGCGGACAAAUGUAUCCCGUCUGAAGAAAGCUAACCUGUUCGACUUCAUCAAAGACAGCGAAUUGACUCUGGCCACCAGUGCCACGUGCAGAAAGUUGGAAAUUGAAUAUCUUAAUCUGUUGGAUCACUUUGUGACCAAACUGGGUGACAAACCGUCCACAGAAGAGAGAUUUACGGAAACGUUGUAACAGGAUCAGUAACGGUUAUCUGACAAUACCGAUUCGAAGAAGGACUCUAUCAGAGACAUAAUCACCAGUCCAGAAAAGAAUCGGAGAUCCUGUAAGAAGAUCGAGCCUUGCGAAUGUAAUUUGUCCUCGCCUCGACGCGUUUACGGGACCAAUGACAUUCAUUCAGGCAGAAAGCAUUCUCUGCCAGAACUCGGGCGUCUGCUUCGGAGCUUUCGGACUCGUUGCAAGCGGAUCGAUUAG